UAGUGGCGGCGCAUCAAGUGCAGUGCUUGCGACUUCUCGGUGGCGUGAGGAGGGACGACGGGGCAAUGGGCGCUGCCGUCCUGCAAUAUCUACAGUUAGAAGGGCGGUCUGCUACGCCAUGCAUCACGUGUUUGCCAAGAUCAACAGCUCUAACUGCGUAAGGCAGCGCAAGGUCCUGUAUCGAAUCAGUGUAUGAAAAACGUAGUGUGCGGGGUUAACGCCGCCUGUGCAAGACGCAUGAAUUCGCGUACGGGUUCGACUCACAAGUACGGCGAAUCUCGGCCUCCUACCAAGCAGCCAUGGGCUGCAUCAACCUUCCAAGUCCCACAGGUCAACCUUCAUCAGACUUCGGGGAAGACAAACAAAUGAGAGGACAUCGGUCUCUUCUCACAAACCUCUAUCAGCCUCCGAGUGUCCACAGGAGGCAGUAGAAGUGACACCAGGAUCCUCAGCAUCUCUGAUGAUGGCUGGGGGAGGUGAGAGAGGCGAGCUGAAGUUCUGUGGUGUCUGUGGUGACAAGGCAUUCGGCUUCAACUUUGGUGCCCUCACAUGUGAAUCGUGCAAGGCCUUCUUUCGACGAAACGCCAUUAAGGACAAGGAAUUUCGCUGCCUGUUCAAAGAUGACUGUGAGGUGAACACACGAACACGACGCUUCUGUCAGCGGUGCCGCCUCCAGAAAUGUUUUGCGAUCGGCAUGAAAAAAGAAUGUAUCUUGAGCGAAGCGGAGAAGCGUGAGAAGCGUGCCAAGAUAGAAGAAAACCGCCUAAAGCGUGCAUUGCAUCCACGUCAAAGGGCACAGCUGUCUGAGGAUGACGAUGAGGGCCCAAUCAAGGUGACGCGGUAUUCAUCCGAGCAAGCAAGCAAUGCAGGGCCAUCAAGUGACCAGCCCCUGAAAGCAGACCAGCCUGACUCAUGCUGCUCAGACUUGGAAUCGAGCAGUUCCGACUCAUCGCAGUUGCCAUGGCGCCGGCGUGAUCAGUGCGGCUCAACACAGGCGGUGCAUGACCGGGCCAUACGUAGCCAGUUUUACAGAGUGCCAGGCUCAGAUGUGCUGACAGAAGCUGAAACGCACCGUAUCCAGGAGCUGGCCACGGCCAACCAGGUCCUCAAGGUACCGCUGGCUUGUGAUCCUGAACCAAGCCUGGUCGACGUCAUCAACAUGACGGACCAUGCCAUCCGGCGCCUCAUCAAAAUGUCCAAGCGUAUUGCGGCCUUCAAGAGCCUCUGCCAGGAAGACCAGGUGGCGCUGCUCAAGGGAGGCAGCACAGAGCUCAUGCUGUUGCGUUCUGUCAUGUCGUAUGACGCUGAGCGCGACUGUUGGAAGGGACCUGAUCCACGGCUCAUGUCCAUUCGCGUGGAUAUCCUAAAAGAAGCCAGGGGCAACGUUUACGAGGAGCACAAGCGCUUCAUCAAUGCAUUCCGACCUGAGUGGAGACUAGACGAAAACAUAAUGCUGCUGCUUAGUGCCAUCACACUGUUCACGCCGGAGAGGCCCAAUCUGGUGCACCGAGAUGUGGUCAUGUUUGAACAGGACACAUACCUUUACCUGUUGCGACGAUACCUAGACACCCGCUACUCCGGCUGUGAGAGCCGCUCAGUGUUCCUGCAACUCAUCCGCAACCUCGAAGACAUGCGCACGCUGAAUGAGAACCAAGUCAGCAUACUGGUGGACCUAAACCCGCACGAAGUGGAGCCUUUGCUUAUAGAGAUUUUUGACCUCAAGUAGGUCUCAACUGUGUCAUCAUGACUGUGGUGGGAAAUAUUGACCGCUGUGUACAUUUACAUAGUAACUGCAACUCGCGCUGCUCAAUUGAGAACAAGCAUGGGAAAUGUCAAACCAUGGCACUGGUUCAGAUGAGGCCGCAUAUUUUUUAUUGCGACCAACUUUUCUAGAAAAAACUUCUUCAUAACGCAAAACGCCAAAAAUAUUCAGCUAAAAACUCAGACAGAAAAAUGAAAAAUGAUAUUUUAAGUUCUGUGAGGUGCGUCUGAUAUGACUAGGGGCGUGUGAACAGUCGAAUAACGAAUCGAAUAGCGUUAUAUUUGAUUGGACAUAUUGAAAAAAAUAAUACUCUUGAAUAAUGAAAAAAAAAAAAACCUGAAAUACAAGAAACGUGAGAGGGGUAAGGUUCCUUUGUUUAGGCGUAGAAUUGCCAAGGUGCGUGCAGUCCGAGACUUCACGAGAUUAUCGGAGCUAUAUUUAGCACAGAAUGAAGGCGUUUUUGCUUAACACUAUAGGGCUACAGAAGCUACAGAGUAAUCAAUUUACUAUCUUCAUCAUGACAAUAAUGAAUAUGAAACAUGAACAUUCUUUCAACAUUUAUAUAUGACCUUUGAAAUCUUUUCACCAAAUCCCUCGUUGAAUACUGUAGUAGCUUGGGUAUUUCAGCCUGCUGUUACCAAACAUUUCUAAGGCUGUAGUUGCAGAUGUAUACGAGCUUGGCCCAUUUUACAUAAUUUUGGUAUCUUUGUUUGUUGAAAUAUAGGAUAUUCAAUAUUUA